CUAAUGCUGUUCUAAGCAAAUUUUAAGCAUUCUUCGUUUUGACACCGUCAAGACAAGUUGGGCAUUAUUUCAAGAGACCCUUGAAAAUUGCCAAGAAGAACCAACACUUGGAGGAUUUUCUGGGCAAUUUCAAUUAAAAAGUGUGACAAUGCAAAAAACCCGGGCCUUACUUUUGUUGUUCUUCGGCGCUCAAGUGGCCUUUGAGCCUUUUCUGUCCGUCUCUGGAAUGCCUCAGCCUCAGGGAGGAGGUGCUGCCGAGGGCGAGAACCAAGAACCAAUGCCUUACGAGUUUGACUGGAAGGUGAGCGAUCAAAAAGCGGAGCCAGAUGGCGCAUUCUUUCAGCACCAAGAGAGCAAACAGGAAUCUGCUCCCGAUCGAACGGAGGGCGAGUAUCGAACUUGGCUACCAGAUGGCAGGCUCAUGAUUGUAUCCUAUUAUGUGGAUGGAGAGUCGGGUUUUGUGCCCACAAUCACCUACGAGGACAACCACGUGCCCCAAUGGGAGAAGUGAAGCUUCCAGGCUCAAUUUCAAGCUUUAAAUUCAAUUGCAAAACUCUCAAGUGGAAAUUGUAUUUUACUUCUCAUAGAGGAAACGAUGUAACAAAUAUAUAGCCGAGCAAACAAAA